AUGUAUGAUGAUGAUGAGAAAGAAUAUGUAGCACUUAUGACAUCCCACCAGCAUUUUUUAACCAACCCAGAAUCUGACAAUGAGGACGAAGAAGAGAAAGAGAACAACAAAGGUGUUCGCAAAAGAGAUCGCAGGCAAGCAAAGUUGCCACUACCAUCAACAAAUUUUGAGCCACUAGCCCAUCCAAAACAGCUUCACAAGGUUAUCAAUAUAAAUUCAUAUGCAUUAAUUAAUGGUGCUGGUGUUCUUACUGGUAGGCAGUGGAUGAAUAUAGACCGUAAAAAGCUCAUUGUUUGGAUUGCUCUGGUCAUUUAUCAAGGUGUUUUUAAGCUGCCUUCCCUUAAUCAAUAUUGGAACGAAGACCCGAAGUUCCCCCUUCACCAUAUUUUGAAGCAAAUGUCGUUGAAGUGUUUUGAGCAAAUCAAAAGAUAUUUGCAUAUCUCCCCUCUAGCAGUAGUGGCCAAAAACUAUUUUGAUAAAUUGGAACCAUUGCUCUCACAUGAAGAAGUGUUCACACCAUCUGAAUCAAAAACAAACCAAUUUCAGAAGGAUACAAGGUUUUGUUGCUUUGUGAAUCUGGAUAUACGUACACUUUCUUGCCAACUUCCUGCUCUUUGGCAAAUUGGUGUUGGCUCCUGUGGGACAGUUCGAAAAACAGCUUCUGGGUUCCCAAAAGAACUGAAGAUGGAAAAAAAUAUUUAG